AUGUGAACGUUUCACCUUGCACUCUGGGUAGAAAGUCCGAGGCGUGCCGGAAAAUAACGGAAAGGUCCGAAGCACGACAGCAACAACAACAACAUAACACAUGCAUCCAGCAUGCCAUUUGACAAGGAUGAGUGACGCAGAAGAACACUAGAUGAUAGUCAUUCGAAAGACAUCGGCGCAAGAAACAUAAGAGUAACCAUGUGGAUAACAACUUUGAGUUUCCCCCAGUGACUCGGUUUGCAGUGCUAGGAUGUACAUCCCACGCUUCAUCCUCCGAUGUAGUGGAGUUUUAGGUUACCUGGUGCAAUAUGGUUGCAUUGCUCACUGUGCCUUGGAGUAUGGUGCUGACUUUGUUGUGUGUAGUGGACCUUCCAUGGAGCCAACCAUCCAUACCAAUGACAUUGUGUUGACAGAGCAUGUGUCUGUGCUGAGAAACCAUGUACAAAAAGGUGACAUAGUAAUCGCUCACUCCCCGACAAACCCACGUCAGUAUAUCUGUAAACGUGUGGUUGCUAUGGAGGGUGAUCGAGUGUUCAUGCCCAAAAAUGAUACACACUCAUUGGUUCCUAAAGGUCAUGUAUGGCUUGAGGGUGAUAAUACUUCCAACUCCACAGACUCCAGAACCUAUGGUGCUAUCCCAUAUGGCUUGCUCCGGAGCAGGGUCUUCUACAGGGUUUGGCCAGUUUACGAUAUGGGAAAUCUGAAACACCCAGCUGAAAGAUGACAAAGGCGGUAGAUGUAGUAUCUCUCCUUCCAUUUUGAGGCUGCAACCUGUGAUCAUCUUGUAUUUAUAUGCAUUAACCCAGAAAUUCAUACACUGAGCUUCCAAGGUCUCAAAAAAACAUUGUGCCUUCCUUGGCUGUAGGAUUGUGCCAUCCUGGCUGUACAAUUGUGCAUUCAAGGGGCUGUAGGAUUAUGUCACCCCAACCAUCCAGGCUGUAGGAUUGUGCUUUCCUUGGCUGUAGGAUUGUGCUUUCCUUGGCUGUAGGAUUAUGUCACCCCUAACAAAAGGGUUGUGUUUCCCUUGCUGUAGGAAUGUGCCAUCCGUGGCUGUAGGGUUGGUUUCCUUGACUAUAGGAUUUUGCCACCUUGACUGUAGGAUUGUGCCACCCCUGGAUGUGGGAUUGGUUUCCUUGACUGUAGGAUUGGUUUUCAUUGCCUGUAGGAUUGUAUCACCCCUGGCUGUAGGAUUGUGCCACCCCCUGGCUGUAGGAUUGGUUUCCUUGGCUGUAGGAUUGUUUUCCUUGGCUAUAUUUUUUGUACCAUCUUGACUGAUUGUGCCACCCGUGGAUGUAGGUUUGGUUUCAUUGACUGUAGGAUUGUGCCACCCUUGGCUGUAGGAUUGGUUUCCUUGGCUGUAGGAUUGUGCCAUCCCUAGAUGUAGGAUUGUGGUUUCCUUGGCUAUAUGAUUACGCCACACCAUCCUCCCUGGCUGUAGGGUUGUGUUUCCCUUGCUAUAGGAUUGUGGCAUCCUUGGCUGCAUGAUUGUUUUCUUUGGCUGGAGGAUUGUGCCUUGCCUGGAUGUAGGAUUGGUUUCCUUGGCUGUAAGAUUGUGCCACCCAUUUUCUUUGGCUGUAAGAUUUUGCUUUCCGAGAAAUAUGUACGAAAAGAUAUUUGUGUUUACGCUUAAGAAUCACAUUGUCUGUGGUGAAUUGUGAUUUUGUGUUUCCAUAUUAUAGCAAACUGAGACAUCAUGUGAAUUAAUAACUGGAAUUUGUAGUGGCAUGUUUUGUAUAUUCAUUUUGGUUUUCUAGAGACCUGCUGUAAAUUAUAACAGCUGGAGAUGAUUCUGAUUAAAUGUGUAGCGUAAAUGGAAUCAGGGAGUUAGAAAUUUUACAAAUGGAAACAGUAUUGGUGAAGACAAAAGACAAAAAAAGGCUGUAAAAAGCUAUUAACUUGAUUAAACUGUCUGAUAAAAAUCUGAUUGAGAGUUUGAUAGAUUGUAAAGGCAGUAUUCAUUUAUGUGAUAUAAAGAUUAUAAGGUUUCUGUUACAGUCAUCACAGAGUGUGUAAAUCGGUUAGUACUUCUAUGGGAGGAUUUAUAUGUCUGAAUUGUUAGUAUCUUUUAGCGUUGGUCCAUGGCCUAAUGUGUAAUAAACCCAUUGGCAAAGAAAAUACCACCUUUGAAGUUAUUUACUCUUAAUUCCUCAACCUUUUCGCAUAUGAAAGGGCAACUUUCGGUGCAAUUUAUGCACAUUUUUAAUUUCAUUUUAGAGAUAAAACUAAAUUGGCUGGAUUGGCAAGUUUCAGGGCUUCACAAAAAGCAUAAUUUUAUCAGUCAACACAGUAAUGCCUACAGAAUAUGCUUAAAAAACAUGUUGCAAACAUGCGAAAAGGUUGAAGAAUUACAGUAAUUAUUACAAAGUGGUCUGGGUAAUGGCAGAGUUGGUUAAGUUGGUUGUCUUAAGAAUUAUUGGCAUUCACGUGUUAGACUUGUUAGAAUUAGUCUUGAUUAGAUCCUGACACUGUAUUAGAUUUUAGCAGUUUGACUGUGAUAUUCCCCACCAUAUGUGUAUAUAAUGACCUUUGAAUUGGACUUUGAUGCAUAGUUUAUAAAUGGCAAUUAUUCAGUACAUAACGGAUGUACAUUAUUUCAGACAUUUAGUGUUCAGAUAAUAAAGAUUUAAA